AUGUCGCUAAUCAUACAAUCACCAUCUUUUAAUAAAUCACCAUCAUACAAAAAAGAUGAUCAGGAUGGAGAAGUAUUAAAUUUAAAAUUCAAAAAAUUUAAAAACUAUAUAAAUAGUUUAAAUACUGCAUCAACAGAUGAAAUAUUGAACAACUAUGAAUUAGAUGUACCAGUAAUAUGCAUAUUAUUCCACAUCAAAAUUGACAAAAAAGAUAAUGUAGAAGAGAUCUUUUCAAAACUACGAACUUUUAUAGACGAAUGCAGAAAAAAAAGAAAGAUGAACUCAUUUCUUAUGGUUUACUUUGACAUAAAAUCAAAAUCACAUUUAGAACUUUACCCUUUAUUCAUAGCAAGACUUUUUAAAGUAGCCUGUUCAUUAGUAACCAAUAAUUUCAGUGAUGUUAUUCAAGCAUUAAGCAUUAUCGAUCAAACUUCAGUAGAUAAAUCUGGUGAAUUAAGUUGUCCAAUUUGUACCCAUUCAGGUUUUGCAAAAAACUUAUCAGUUGACGAUUUAAGAGAACAUAUUUAUUUGUUUCAUUGUAAUGAAAGUUUAGAUUCAAUAGAAAAUAAAAUACCAAUUUGUCCAAUAUGUUUCAAAAGACCCCAAGAAAAAAUCGGUGUACAUUUACAUGAACAUCAUGGACCAAAAGGUGAAAAAACAGAACAUGAAUUAGCCCUUAGCAAAAUAUACCCAUUUUGUUUAGUUAUCGUUAGAAAGAAAUCAAAUGGAACAUUUUUAAUUGUUAAUGAAUCAGCAGGAAGAGGAUACUGGUUACCAGGUGGCAGAUUAAAUACAAAUGAAUCCUUACAACAAUGUGCAAUUAGAGAAUGUAAAGAAGAGACUGGAAUUGAUAUCGAAUUAAAAGGUAUUUUAAGAGUAGAAUAUUCACCCUUUCAACAAUACUCUAGAAUGCGUGUAAUAUUUUAUGCAGAACCCAAGGAUGAAAAUCAACCACCUCGUCAAGUACCAAACUAUGAAUCAAUGGGUGGUUUGUGGGUUUCAACAAAAGAUUUAUCAUCAUUAGACUUACGUGGUAAAGAACCAACCAUUUGGUUUAAUUAUGUUGAAAAAGGUAAAGAUAUUUAUCCAUUAUCUUUAUUAACUCUAGAAAAUGCUAUACCUAGAUAA